AACAUAAAUAGCUUUAUAGGAAUUAGGAUGGCAUCAGCAACAGAUAGAUCAAGAUGCCGGUAUAUUGCGUGACCGGAGGCACAGGGCUCAUAGCAGCAAACCUGGUCAAAUCACUGCUCCAAAUGGGACAUACUGUAGUUGUCACUGUCCGAAACCCAGAAAAUGUUGACAAGGUGGGAUUUUUAUGGGAAAUGAAGGGAGCUAAAGAGAAACUCAGAAUCAUCAAAGCUGAUUUGAUGGAGGAAGGAAGCUUUGAUGAAGCUAUCCAAGGUGUUGAUGGUGUCUUUCAUGCUGCUGCUCCUGUGCUCGUCCGAUAUGAUGAAAACGUCCAAGAAAAUCUGAUUGAACCCAGUAUAAAUGGAACCUUGAACGUAUUAAAAUCAUGCAUAAAGGCAACUACUGUUAAAAGGGUUGUCUUUACCUCAUCCUGUUCAGCAAUAAGAUACCGUGAAGACAUCGAGCAAGUUUCUCCUCUUAAUGAGUCUCACUGGAGCGAUGCUGACUACUGCAAGAAACAUAAUCUUUGGUAUGCGUAUGCGAAGACAUUAGCUGAGCAGUCAGCAUGGCAGAUUGCCAAGGAAAGUGGUCUUGAUUUGGUGGUAGUGAACCCAUCAUUUGUGAUUGGUCCCUUGCUCGGACCACAGCCUACUAGCACACUGCUGCUACUUCUAGGGAUCAUUAAAGGUGCAAUUGGUGAAUAUCCGAACCAGGAAAUAGGGUUUGUGCACAUUGAUGAUGUGGUAGCAGCACACAUUCUGGCCAUGGAAGAAAGCAAGGCAUCCGGGAGACUGAUUUGCUCAAGCGCAGUGGCUCACUGGACACAAAUCGUAGACAUGCUGAAAGCAAAAUAUCAAAGCUAUCCAUAUGAAAACAAGUGUGGGUCUCAGAAAGUAGAUGACAAACCUCAUAGCAUGGAUACUACCAAGAUCCAACAACUGGGAUUUCCUGCCUUUAAACCAAUUCCUCAAAUGUUUGAUGAUUGUAUCAAAAGCUUCCAAGAAAAGGGCUUUCUUUGAUGUUCUUUGGCUUCCAAGACAUGCAAACAAUUCUUAAUUCGUCUCUGCAACUACACACCUAAGCUUUCAUGCAUGCUAGCCAAAUAUAAGUACAGUAGAAUCUUAUUUCCUUUCCAAUAACAAAAUAAAUGUUUAAGGAAGUAAUGUUCCUUGAUUUCGGAACAUCUCUGUACAAGAAUGUUUAUGAUUCAGACUGGAUCUCAUGAUAAAGCGUAUGAACACAUUCUCAUUUCAGAA